UUUUAAUUUUUAUGCACAUUGACAAUGUAUAUAUAUAUAAUAUAUAUAUAUAUAUUUAUUCUUCAAAAUAAUUAAUAUAUGUGUUAUGAACAUGAUUAUUUUAUAAUUUAAGAUAAUUAUUUUUUUAUAAAAUUAAUAUAUCAAGAAACAAAUAAUAAAAGAUUAAAUGUUUAUGUUUUGAUUUAAUAUAAAUUCUACAUUUAUAAUUUUUAAAUAACUUUUAAUUAAAAUAUUUAAUAUGACUGCUAUACCAAUUUUUAUUCAAGAAUGGACUCUUGAUAAAGUUUUAGGUUCUGGUGGAUUUGGUAUUGUUCAACUUUGGACACAUAAAAAUGGUAAAAAAAUUGCAAUUAAAAUCUGCAAAAGAGAUAUCAUACAUUUAACAGAAACACAACAAAAAAGAUGGAUAAAUGAAGUAAAUAUAAUGAAACGUUUAAAGCAUCCAAAUAUUGUUAAAGGAUUUGACUUACCAUUUAAACAUCCUGAUGAUAAAAAAGAUUUACCUAUAUUAUGCAUGGAAUUUUGUAGAAAAGGUGAUCUUAGAUCGCUUUUGAAAAAAGUAGAAAAUUGUUGUGGUGUCAGCGAAAAAGAAGCAAUUAAUGUAAUGAAGGAUAUUUCUUCUGCAAUAGAAUAUUUACAUUCUAAUAAUAUUACUCAUCGUGAUCUAAAACCUGAAAAUAUUGUUUUACAAGAUGAACGUAAUAUAAUUUCAUAUAAAUUAAUAGAUUUAGGAUUUGCAAAAGAACUUGGAGAAGCCAGUAUAUCUGGAUCUUUAGUAGGUACAUUGAAUUAUGUAGCUCCAGAACUAUUAUGGAAACAAACAUAUAGUUGUUCAGUAGACUAUUGGAGUUUAGGAAUUCUUUUUUAUGAACUUGUUAGUGGUAUAAGACCAUUUUUGCCUAGAAUGCAACAUACUAUGACAUGGAUGCAACAUAUUAAAAAUAAAGGAUAUGAUGAUAUUUGUGCUUUUAAAUCAGAAGAAAAAAUAAUUUUUGGUCAAGAUAUUAUUGGUCCUACAAAUUUAUCAAAAAAUUUUCAAAAUAAAUUGGUGGAAUGGUUUAAAAUUGUAUUACAAUGGGAUCCAAAAAAAAGAGGAAAGCAAUAUGAUGAAAAUGGAAUAUCAAAUUUAGUGGUAUUUAAAUUAUUGCAUUCUAUUUUAUCAAAACAGAUAAUUCAUGUGUUUUUUCCAUCAAUAUAUAAAAUUAAUUCGUAUGAAAUAAUUAAUACUACUAAGAUUACAGAUUUACAAUAUAUGAUUGAGAAAGAUACUAAUAUACCAAUAAAUCAACAAAUUUUAACAGAUUAUUUUGGUAAAGUUCUUAUUGAAAACCAAAUACCAUUUUCAUUACAAAUUCAGGAUUCAAUUUUAUUUGUUUUUAAAAACGAAAAUUCUUUAAUAGACAAUAUUCCUUCACCAAAUAUUCCUGUGGAAAUUCAAAAAAUGAUAGAAUUAUCAAAAAAUCAAUUAGACUUUGAAACAUUACAAGAUUAUUAUAGAAUAACAAUAUUUUUUAUGAAUCAACAAAUAUAUUUGUUUCAACAGUAUAUUUUUGCUUUAAGUAUAAAAGUAGAUUUGAUUAUUUCAAGACUUGAUACAUUUGAUAAAAGUAUAGUAGAUACGCUAAAAAAUAUAAAUAUUAUUUUACAUAAACUAUCUAUAAUUCAUACUGAAUGGGAAAAAGGAUCUACAAAUAAAGAUAAAUUGAUAGGUUUGAAAAUUAUAUGUAAUAAAGUUAAUAAACUUAUUGAGAUCACUAAUCAGAUAAAAUUAAAAUUUAAUUUGCUAAUAUUGGAGAACAAUAAAUUAAAAGAUACAGUACAAUCUAUUGAUUGUAUUAAAAAUAUGUUUCAAAUAUAUAAUAGAGCUGCAAAAAUUUAUGAGUUGCAUAUAAACAACUGUUCUCAUAAAGAUAAACCAAUAGAAAUGGUAAAAUUAAUUUUUGAUUUUUUGAAAGAAGAAGAAAUACAAUUUCGUAAUGAAAAUAUUUUUAAAAUUAUAAAAGAAAUAACAAAGCUGGAAUUAAAACUUUCAAAAUUAGAAACGAUUUUCAAUUCAGUUAUUGCUAUGAAGAACAUAUAUUGUGAAGAAUUUCAAAAUAUAAUGCAACAUAAUUUUAAUAAUAUAUUUGAUAUUUCUAAUAAAGAAUCUUUACAUUUAUCUACUUUACAUGACACUACAAAUAUUUUAUCAAAUGAUAAUAUGGAAGUAUCAAAUGAAUUUAAUAAUAAUCAGUUUUUAAAUACAUUUAAUGUCAAACAUAAAGAAAUUAUAAAUACGGAUAAUGAUGUGAUAUAUGAUAACUUAUUAAUACGUUACACGUUAGAUAAUCUUUUGAUAGAAAUGAAAAAAAAAUAUUUGGAGCUACUUAGUUUGGAACUUUAAACAUGAACAACAAAGAAUGUAUGUACUGCAUUAUUAUUUAAUUUUUAAAAUUUGAUUUCUUUUUUUCUCUUAACAGAUUUUCAUUAUUUUUAAACUAUUGUUUUUUUCUUAAAUUUAAUAUUUUUUUUUAUAAAAUAUAUUUUUUUAGAAGUUUAUUUAUUUGUUUAUAAUUACAUUAUAUUUUAAUAUUUUUGGUUUCUUGAAAUAUAAUAUCGUACACCCCAUUUAACAUUAGCAUUUUUGUCUGUUUUAAGAUAUGUAUAUGUAGGUCCAUUUGUUAUAUAUUUCUGUUUUAUUUUCCAAUCAACAUUAUUUGAUGAUGUUAAAUGAUCUGUAAAAUAUUGUUUAUUUAUAUAAAAAUUAAAAAUAUUUUAUAUAUAUAUAGUAUUUUUAAUUUUUUUGAAAAAAUUUUAAAUACAUAAUUUACAAGUAAAAAUAAAAAAAAUUUUAAACAGAAAUGCUUCUUAAUAUAAAAUUAUAAACAAAUAUUAACUGAAAAAUGAAAUAUAAGUUAGCAAAUGGAUUUUAUAAAAUAUAAAAGAUUAAUUGUAUACAUAUAAUUUUAUUUUAAAUUUAUAAGAUGAUAUAUUCUACAUAUUAUAUUUGUUUAUAAUUUUGUAAUGAAGCAAAAUUUUUUAUAUUUUUUUUAUUUUCAUUUAUAAAUAAGAAACAGUCUAUAUAUAUUUAAUAUCAAAAUUUUAUAUAUUAGAUGAAAGUUAAUAAAAUAUGAUAAUAAAGUUAAAAAAUAUGAUAAUAAUAUGUAAUAAAUAUGUAAAUAAAUAUAUAUAAUAUUGUGUAUGUGUGUGUGUGUAUUUGGAUAGUACUAAUCAAUUAUUUGAUAUAAAAACGUGUGAUAAAAAUAUGAUAAAUAAGUAAAUUUAUGGCAAAGUUUUAUAUAAUGUAUAUUUUUUUUACACACUAUAUUUAGUAUAAAAUAAUUUAAUAUAUAUUUUUUAUAUAUAUUUUUAAAAAAAAAAUUAAUAAAAAAAUUGAUUAAUAGUUAUUUAUUUUGAACAUUACAGAACUUACCUUUUUUAAAUGUCACACACAAAAAUAAAUAUAUAAGAAUAGAUUUUAAUAUCUGUAAUAAAAGUGAUUAUUAUUGUAUACAUAUAGGAAUAUAUAGGAAUAAAUAUAUAUAUAUAUAUAUAUAUAUAUAUAUAAAUAUAUAUAUAUAUAUAUAUAAAAUUAUUUGAUUAAAUUAUAUUUACAAUUCUGAUGUUUAAAAUUUUAAGAUUCAUUGUGAUUAUAGAAACGAAUACUAUUUUAUAAUAAGCUGUAUCAAUAGAUUUUAUCUUUAACAAAAAAUUAUGGUUGAAUGGUUGAAUGAAUAUAUAAGGCAAACGUUUUUAUUUCGCUUUCACUUAUAUGAGAUUAAGAAUUUUCAAUUCUUAUUAAUAUAUUUUAUCAUAAAUUCGAUAUAAUAGUAAGAAAUAUUAAAUAAAAUAUAUCAACAGUUUUAUAUUUUGAAAUGUAUUUUAUUAAAAAAACUGUAUAUACAUCCUAAACUGAGGAUUAAACAACAAUGUUAAAAUAAAUAUGAUUUUCAUUUA